GAUAAGUAUAUAUUUACUCAGUCAAACCAAUGGAUAUUGCCUAUAGCAACUCAGAUUUAAAUAAAAGAAAUUGAGUAACAAAAUGUUAAUAAUGUUCCUUUAUAUCCGUUAUACUAUGAAGAAAUACAUUUUAAGUUUACCUUUAGUAUUCUUUCCACUUGUGUUCUUGUGGGCACAUGCAAGUGAUUUUCGACCUGAAGGUUGUUCGCAAGAAGAAUACGAUUGUAAGGCGACUUCAGAAUGCUGUUCUCCGCUUAUUUGUAUUAGAGAUCCGUCCCAUCACGACACCUUUAAAGUCUGCUUGAAAAACUGUUCAUAUCCGAAUUCACAAUGUAAAAACGACAAGGAAUGCUGCUCUGGGUUAAGAUGUCGAACUGACAAGGCCUCUUUCUUCGAGAUCCCCUUAUGUCUUCCUUAACAAAAACCACAUCGAAGGUUUCAUCCAUUCAAUGCGUAUUCAUUUAUUGUCAUUUGAAUUGAUCAAUACUUCUAGAUCGAA